GAGUCAGGGCUGUCGGCAUGGAUCGGUGGGCAGCUGCACCCACUGGAGCACGUGCCACCCGUACUGGCCGUGAUGCUCAUCACUGUGGUCAUCGCCUUCUUCACAGAGUUCGCCAGCAACACAGCUACCAUCAUCAUCUUCCUGCCUGUCCUGGCAGAGCUGGCCAUCCGCCUUCGUGUCCACCCCCUGUAUCUGAUGAUUCCUGGCACUAUCGGCUGCUCCUAUGCCUUUAUGCUGCCAGUCUCCACGCCCCCCAACUCCAUCGCCUUCGCCUCUGGACACUUGCUGGUCAAAGACAUGGUGAGUACGGACCUUUCUAGAAGUGGCCUGGAAGGGGGGGGGAGG